GAGAAAAUAAAGAGACAAUUCUAAUUUUUUGUUUGAUGAAUAUUUGUUGAAAUCUAUUUCUUUGAGUGAAGUUAAUUCGUAAGCCUCUAAAUGUUAUCUAGAAAAGACCAUUGAUUCCGUUUUUCUUCAUUUAUUCUGAAAUAUCUUUCUACAUAAAAUUAUCGACGUCUAUUCGCUGCAUUAUAUUUUUAUUAUUUGCUUUCUUGUCGCUUGCCUAUUUAAUUGCAGGAGGAGGAAAUUGGUUUUAUUCCAGUGUGAAAUUUAAUUUUUGAGUUCUUCAAAGACUAGUUAAGAGAAGAGAAUGGACUCACACAGAUCCAAUAUUCGGCCCCAAGAGACAGAUAUCAUCAUCAUAGAUCAUCGGCUAUACAAGGCAGCAGCUAAGGGCGAAACUUCUGCAUUUGAACAAUAUAAAGAUUGUCUUCAUCUCUUACUGACUCGAGGUAGGAAUACAGUCCUCCAUAUCCAUCUCAAAAACAGAUUAUUACUCGCUGAAAAACAAAAAUCAACCAAGUUUGGGUUAGAGAUACUGUCUAAGAUGUUUACUGCACUUAAUAAUACCGAAAAAGACAUUGAUCCUGAAACAAAGUCAGACAAAUUUCUGAAAAAGAUCCUUGAGAUGUGUCCAACAUUGUUGACGCAACAGAACCAUAUUGGAGAAAAUCCACUGCACGUAGCAGCAAAAUACGGGGAUAUUUUGGCCGUGAAACUACUUAUUGAUCAAUGCGCAAAAAGUAAUAUUGGUAGUAGCGUUGAUCAUCAUGUAGACAGUGAAAGCGGUUUCUGUGGGGUCAGCAAGCAGAUGUUGUUGAGGAUGAAGACUAAGGCCGGAGACACGGCGUUGCAUGAGUCAAUAUUAAUGGGGCUUAAGCUUAACAAAGACACAGAUCAGUGGUGGAAACAUCAGGAAUUGGCAGAGAUUUUGCGUAAAGAAGAUCACAGUGAGGUCAUGUAUGAUCGUAAUGCAGCAGGCGAGACUCCUCUGUACCUAGCUGUCAAGGCAGGAUUUUUUUAUGUGGUAAAAAAUGGGUUGCGAAACAUAGAUGCACAGACAACAUCUACUUAUUAUGGUGGCUACGAUGGCAAAACUAUUCUGCAUGAGGCAGUAAUAUCCGAUUUUUGGGGAAUCCAUGUUAUUCUGAAAAGAGGGAAAGAGUUAUGCAGAGUAGCAGAUGAUGAAAAAGGUUGGGUUCCAUUACAUUAUGCUGCAAACCUGGGAAACAAAUCUGCAAUUGGGACGUUGUUAGAAUGCGAUCCAUUUGCAGCAGGCAUCAAAGACAAAAAUGGUCAGAUACCACUUCAAGUAAUAGCUGAUCCCAAAAUUUGUCGUUCAUUUAUAAGAGAAAUUAUAGCAUGGUCUCCAGAUUGUUGUGAAUCAUUAUUGGUCGAUGAAAAAUUUUAUCAUGAUCACCAUGCUGCCACCGAGUUCGACAAGAUCACCUUACAAGACCGUCGAAUUAUCAAAUACUUUGGUCGCAAUUUUAUGGAAUUUGAAGGAGAAACCAAAAAUGCUUUCAAGAUUUGGACAAAGGCGUUCAAUGAUCGUAAAAAGCCGGAUGAGGAAAAGUCGUUGGACAAAGAAUCAACUCUAGUGGUGGCUGCACUCAUUGCUACUGUGACAUUCGCAGCUGGUUUCACUUUACCAGGUGGUUAUUUGAGCGGCGGUGAUAACCUGCCAAGCAACGCAGGCUCACAACCGGGCGCUGCUGGAAGUGCAGUUCUAAGCGAAAAUGCAGCAUUCAAGGCAUUCCUUAUAUCGGAUGCAAUAGCCAUGGCGCUUUCUAGUUGUGCUGUAUUCAUCCAUAUGUUCUUGGCACUCAAAAAAGAUCGGACAAAGGACUCGUCAUAUUUCUUGCUCGCAUUCAAGCUCAUCAUAGUGGCCAUGGUAGUCAUGGUGAUUGCGUUUAUGACAGGCAUUUAUGCGGCCUUAGGAUCUUCGAAUGCAUUCGCCAUUGCUUCUUGCGUGUUCAUCAGCGUGUCUUUCUUGCUUUGCAUUCUCUAUCUCACUUUCGGAUAUUUCACCGACAGUGUUUAUUAUUUUCUUCGUGAAUGCGCUUUCUGCAUUUUAUCGACCUUCGGCUAUAUCUUCGUGCGCCCCAUCGUGCUCCCCAUCGUCCUAGCCAUGGAUUAUUAUGAUGAUUACAAAAAUUGGAGAAGACGAGGCCAAUUAGAUAAGGAUUCACAACAAGAAAAUUCCACUGAGUACACAGAACAAGAAGGUGAUCCACCUCCAAAAUCUAAUGAUUCAAGAAACCUGGAAACAUUACCUGAGUCUAACGUGAAUCCAAGGACUCCCUCCAUAAAUGAAGAAAGUGCAAAAUCAUUGAAGAAUGCCAACUAUUUAGAGGCUGAAAAAGGCCACGAUGCGGUCUGAUCCGACGAGCAGUUGAGUAAGGUAAAGUUUUUAAUAUGAUAUUCAGAGGUUGAAGAAGGUGAACAUGAAUUAAUAUUGAAUUCAUGGUUUAGGAACCUUCUGUUUGAAAAUAAAAAUAAAAAUUACUGUGUAUUAGUUAAUAUAUUAUACCAAAUAAUAUACAAACACAAAAGUGAUUAAGUUUUAUUCAAGUAAAAUAAAGUACAAAAAUAUAUAAUUGAGGUAGAAGGUAGAGAUUAUAGAAUAACCAAUAUUAGAGUCGAGAUAAGAACUUAAUUUUUUAGCCUUUAGGCAAUUUUUGUUCCGUUGAUGCUAAACUUGUUGAAGUGUGGCAAUUUUGCCACUUGAUGGUGCAUGUCACCGGCUAGCAUGCACACCUUGGUAUCAAAUCCUUUCCUUUUAUGAGUUUAUAUUUUUUUGUAUGUUUUUAAUUUAUGCAAGGUAUAUUUUGAUAAUGUUUUGUGCCUAAGUUAUGUAUGCAAAAUUAUAGGCAAGAUUAUGCACAAAAGAGUAGGAAUGUUAUGCUUGAAAUGCCUAU